UUUUGGUAAAUUUAAUAAUAAAUUAGUUAAAUGAGCGUCCAAGGCAUCAAGUUCUGUGAAGAAUGAGGAAAUAUUCUGUAUCCUAUGGAACACAAGGAAGAAGGCAUGCGAUUUGGCAUGCUUGUCUAUAGGUGCAAUAUCUGCAAGAACGAUUACCCAGCUGCUGAGGGCGACUUGGAUGAGCACUGUGUCUAUAAGAAAGAAUCUAAAGCACUUGCUGCAAAUAUACUGAUUGAUAAAAGUAUGAUUCAUGAUCCUACUCUGUCAAGAUCAAAAGGAACUAUUUGUCAAAUGUGUAGACACGAUGAGGUAGUGUUCUUCCAAGAUACAGCUUCUAAGGCCAACUCUAAUAGUCUUGCAUCUCUAAUUUACAUCUGUUGUAACCUGAACUGUGGUCAUAAUUGGCAACAUGAGCCUUCGACUGAACCAAUUGACGAUGAGAGCGACUCAGACUAAGCCAAUGCUUACUUAAUUCUCUCAUUU